AUGAAAAUCGCAGUAGAAGGUUGUAUGCAUGGCGACCUCGACAAUGUCUACAGAACCCUCCAACACUACGAAAAACUUCACAGCACCAAAAUCGACCUUCUCCUCUGUUGUGGCGACUUUCAGGCUGUGAGGAAUGAGAAGGAUUUAGAGAGUUUAAAUGUGCCUCGAAAAUAUCGGGACAUGAAGACCUUCUGGAAAUACUAUUCCGGCGAGGAAGUUGCUCCGUUCCCCACAAUAUUCAUCGGUGGAAAUCACGAAGCUUCUAAUUAUUUGUGGGAACUUUAUUAUGGAGGGUGGGCAGCACCUAAUAUAUACUUCUUGGGGUUUGCUGGGGUAGUCAAGUUUGGAAACAUUCGAAUUGGUGGGCUGUCUGGAAUUUACAACCGGCACAAUUAUUGCAAAGGGCACUAUGAGAGGCCUCCUUAUAAUGAGAGUACUAUCAGGUCCAUAUAUCAUGUUCGUGAGUAUGAUGUCCACAAACUCAUGCAAGUUGAGGAACCAAUUGAUAUUUUUCUUUCACAUGAUUGGCCUGUUGGCAUCACUGAUUGUGGGGACUGGAAGAAACUUGUUCGGGACAAACCUUUUUUUGAGAAGGAGGUUCAGGAAAGAAAUCUUGGGAGUAAACCAGCUGCUCAAUUGCUAGAAAAACUGAAACCACCUUAUUGGUUUUCAGCUCAUCUACACUGCAAAUUUGCUGCUCUUGUUCAGCACGAGGAAGCUGGUUCAGUGACAAACUUUCUUGCCCUUGACAAGUGCCAACCAGGACGCAAAUUUCUGCAGGUUAUUGAAAUUGAAUCUGAGCCAGGCCCUUAUGAAAUCCAGUAUGAUGAAGAAUGGCUAGAAAUAACUCGGCGAUUUAACUCUAAUUCCCUCUCACAAAUAGAAGUGCAAAUUUUUGGUGUGUACCUCUUUAGAAAUGUAUUGUGA